CUCAACUAUUGCAAGUUAGAGUAGAAAAUAUGGUAUAGACUAGAUCACCAAAUCAACCCGGGCAAUUGUUUUAUUGCGAAGAAACUUUACUCGAAAACGGAGAACUCUAGCAAUUCAGUUUAAACCCAUCUGUAUCACUACUUUAUAUUUCCACAUUCAUCCGAGAUGCCCGAACCAAGCAGUAACGAAAAUAGCAACUCGAACCUCUACAUGCGCUUGCAAAAGUCGCAGUUGGUUCGUGCGCAUAUACAGAACAUUUCUCAGUUUCUCAACACCGGUCUUAGCCCGGAAACACUUGAUAUCUGCGUCAAGCUGCUUGAAGCGGGUGUCCAUCCCCAAUCGCUCUCUGAGGCAGUGAUACAAAUUCGCAAUGAGAUGGCUGCGCUUAAUAACGGCGAGACAAAUGAGUAAAGCGUAAAAUAAACAUUUAUU